AUGUCACCUUGUGAAAGUAGGCCGUUCCGGAGAGACCUGUGUUAUAAAUUCGGCGUCAUUGGUCUCGUCACCAAGCAGAAGUCCUCAUUCCACAUGGCCGCAGGUAUGGAAUCAUCACCGUUCUCCUUAUUCUUCCUCUUCCUCGUGUUCUCCGCAUCAUCUCAGUGCAAUGAGUACGGGAUUGCCAUUCACUGUCAUGUUCAAGAUUGCGGACUCUCGCAAACGGGAAAGCGGUCCUCAGACGACACGACGAACACGACUGAUUUUGACAUCGACCGAAUCAUUGGAGGAAUACCCGUUACCAGUCAACGGAAGUACCCGUGGAUAGCAUGGAUGGGGACAAGCCAGUAUGGUUUCCAAUGCACGUCGGCACUCAUUAACGAUCGCUACAUACUCACUGCCGCUCAUUGCGUGGCGUCAGACCCGUACGCGACAUAUUACGUGACCCUGGGAUCGACGACCUUAUUUCAAUGGCCAGCGGGGCAAUCCAUCCAGAUUCCAGCUACGGCCAUCAUGCAUCCCAGUUAUAAUCCACAGAUUUUCGAGAACGACAUCGCGCUUCUGAAACUUCAUACUCCCGUUAACUUCGCAGCUUACCCAAACAUCCGUCCCAUUUGUCUCGCUGGUUUCUACCCCAGUCCCUAUUCGGUGGUGACGAUCGCAGGAUGGGGCCGCCCUUCCAGGGAUAGCAAUGAUAUCUCGUACGCUUUGAUGGAAACGGCGGUGUACGUAAUGAGUCUUCAGACUUGUCAGAGCGAUUGGGGUUCUCAUAUCAAUAACAACUACGUGUGCGUGAAAACAGCUGGGAGAAAUACCUGCCAAGGUGAUUCUGGUGGAUCCCUCAUGUAUAGAACUUCAAGAGGUGUUUACGCGACUGUCGGUGUUACGUCGUUUGGUCGGGACAAUUGUUCACCUGAUGUUGGCAGUGUCUUCACGAGCACAUCACAGUGCGGAGUCUCUCAAACGGGAAAGAGAUCCGCGGACACAGAAGGAGGUGCGCUUGAUUUCGACCGAGUCAUCGGAGGAACUCCGGUCCCCUCUCAGAAGAAAUAUCCCUGGAUGGCGUGGAUGGGGACUGGCCAAUAUAACUCCCUCUGCGGAGCCUCCCUCAUCAACAGUCGAUAUCUUAUCACCGCUGCUCACUGUGUUGCAAGAAACCCUUCUGGAACAUAUUGGGUCACACUGGGAUCCUUGUAUAAGUUCCAGUGGCCAGCCGGUCAAUCCUAUCAGGUCACAGCGACAGCCAUCAUGCAUCCACAGUACAACCCGACCUCCAUCGUUAACGACAUCGCCUUACUAAGGCUCACGACGCCUGUCGACUUCAUAAAGUAUCCCAACAUCCGUCCCAUUUGUACUUCGGCCCUGGCAAAUCCUCCGACGGGGUCGACGGCGACCAUCAUCGGUUGGGGCAUCACUCAGGAGAACGGCAACCAAGGGUCUUCGAAACUGAUGGAAGCUCCAUUGACUGUAAUCAGUCAAUCGACCUGUUCGGGCUGGUGGGGUGGAGUCACCAGCAAGCAGAUCUGUACCCUGACGCCGGGGAGAAAUACUUGCAAUGGAGAUUCUGGUGGUCCGUUGAUGUACCGAACCUCGACUGGAUAUUAUCAGCACGUCGGCGUCGUCUCCUACGGAUCAAGGGGUUGUCUCAUUAAAUACGGCGCCGUCUUCACGAGGACAUCGAGUUACAUGAACGACUUCAUCAUGAAGUACGCCACCGACGGCGAGUGGUGCCCCGCACCCUAAAUUUUCGUCUCAUCUUUUCUGACACGAUCAUUAUGGCUUCAUCAUACCGGAAUCCUGAAAUAAACGUUCUUGCUUUGUGCAUGUAUGCAACUUCUCGGAUUUUUCCGGAUGGCGAAAUCGAAGAAUCUCUGAAGGUUCAACUUACGAAUCAGUAUGUGCUGUCCCACACAUUCGUCCUGAAUGUCCUCUUGAAUAAAGAACAGCGCCUUCACAUAAGG